CGAUAACCAGCCCGAACAUACUCUAAGUUACUACCUACCUUAGCUAUUUACCUUCAACUCAGGGACCACGAAAUCACCACCGCGCCGCCAUUUCACUCGCUCACUCACCUACAGCUUGAUCAGCUCGGGCAACAUGGACGUCUCCAACAACCGCCUCUUCCGAUGGUCCAAGCCUGAAUGGCUCAACAACUCGGCCGUCCGCAAUGCAGGCGUCUACACCUCCGGUGCACUGUUCUCCCUGGGCUUCUUCUUCCUUAUCGACGCGGCCGCCUUCUCGCACAGCGCCAAGAACGGCUCCAACGUGCACGUGAAAUUCGUCGACUGGAUCCCCGGCAUCUGCUCGGCGCUGGGGAUGCUGGUGAUCAAUUCGAUCGAGAAGUCCCGGCUGCACGCCGAUAGCUUCAGUUACAGCGGGAGUGGGGUCGCAUGGAAGGCGCGGUUUGUCUUGUUUCUGGGGUUCGCGCUGUUGGCUGGGGGGUUGGCGGGGAGUGUGACGGUCAUGGUACUCAAGUAUCUGAUCAAGUCGUACCCGUUUCCCACCUUGUAUUUUGGAAUCGCGAAUGUGAUUGCUAAUGGGUUGGUCAUGUUGAGUUCGGUGGUGCUCUGGGUUUCGCAGAACAUUGAAGACGAUUAUACCUAUAAUUUGGCUCUAUGAAUGAAGAUCAAGGAUUGGUAGGCUGAAGAGGGACGUGGUGGAUUGCUUGGAAAAUGGAAAGGAGGUCGGUCGGCAUUGGGUUCACUACUGGGCCUAGGGAGGGAGGUUAUGAUUUCCGGUUGAGCAAUGAGUUCUAGUGCUCUUUCUAUGCGUGAUCGGCGUUUCUGUUUUAUGUUGUCUCUGAAUGCAUUUGUGGGUUGGUCCUUGGUUGUAUGUGAUUCGUUUAGCCGGUUAAAUUGCGCAUGUUUAUUUAUUUCUGUGAUACAUGUUUUCGGAUGAUUUAUCUAAUAACCGUGUAUUGCCUGAUGGCAACAAUGACUGCGACUGCCUAGGCACAUUUAUUUAGGUACGAGAGUAGGAGCAAG